GGGGGUGGGGGGGUCCAUUUUUACCACCUCCUUUUGCUGGUUUUCUUUAAUCUUUUCGGCUUUAUAGAGUUUUUAUUGAUGUUGGGUAUUUUGUCUGGGAUAUUGAUUCAGAUGGAUAGAGAUAUAAACGUGCAAGAGCGAGAGAGAGAGAGAGAGAUGGGGGAGGUUUCAUGUGAAGCAGGGGAUCUGAUCUCUCCUUUUCGCGUUGAAUUCUCUCAUGUAUAGCUUUUUGUGUGUGACACACCGAGAGAGUGAGAGAUAGAUAAGAGGGAGAAACAAAGAAAGAAGAAAUAAGAGAUACAGAGAUCCCUAAAGGAAACUAAAAGCUCAGUAGGUGUUAACUUUCUUGAUUUUGUUCGUGUUUGUAAAAAAGCUUUCUUUUCACCGAUUCAUUUUUCCUCCCCGAAAGUCGCGAAUUUGUCCAUUUUGGAAUCAACCGUUCGCACUAGGACCUUUUUCAUUGCUGCUUCGUGUCUCUGCUGUCUGUGCGUUUCUGGUUUCUUCACUGAAUCAGUUUCACGCAAUACACAUAGCUUCUCCUCCACCAUCGCUCAAUUUGAAGACGCGAAAGCGAUCAUUUGAGCUUUUUCUCGACUAAUUAUCCAUACGCAAAAUCGUCUGGUGUUCGUGGGGUCGUUUUGUCAAAUUCGUUAUUUGGAAAUGAGAGCAGGACUCAGCACGAUCCAGCAAACCCUAACGCCGGAGGCGGCGAGUGUGCUCAACAACUCGAUCGCCGAGGCGGGUCGUCGCAACCACGGACAGACGACGCCGCUCCACGUGGCGGCGACCCUAUUGGCCUCGCCCUCGGGCUUCCUCCGCCAGGCCUGCAUCAAAUCCCACCCCAAUUCCUCACACCCGCUCCAGUGCCGCGCGCUCGAACUCUGCUUCAGCGUCGCCCUGGAGCGCCUCCCGACGGCCCAGAAUAUGAGCCCCGGGAUGGAGCCGCCCAUCUCCAAUGCUCUAAUGGCGGCGCUGAAGCGUGCGCAGGCGCAUCAGCGCCGCGGCUGCCCCGAGCAGCAGCAACAGCCACUUUUAGCCGUCAAAGUCGAGCUGGAGCAGCUGAUUAUAUCCAUUCUCGACGACCCCAGUGUGAGCCGAGUCAUGCGCGAGGCCAGCUUCUCCAGUCCGGCUGUCAAGGCCACAAUUGAACAGUGUCAUAGUUCGUCGGCUUCGGUCAGUAAUUCUUCUCCAAUUGGAUUGGGAUUCAGACCUGGAGCAACCCCGGUCCCAUCGGCGACGAACAGGAAUCUAUAUUUGAAUCCCCGGUUGCAGCAAGGAAGUGCAGCCCAAUUGGGACAGCAGAGAGGUGACGAGGUGAAGCGGGUUAUGGAUAUUUUAUUACUAACAAAGAAGAGAAAUCCGGUAUUGGUGGGAGAGAAGGAGCCAGAAGUGGUGGUACGGGAGCUAUUAAGGAGGAUAGAGAAUAAGGAAUUGGGUGCAGGGCCUCUCAUGAACGCUCAGGUGAUUCCUUGGGGGAAGGAGUUUUCUUCGGAUAAAGCCCAAAUACCAGCUAAAGUUAAGGAAUUGGGGGAUUUGAUUGAGACCCGGAUUGCCAAUUCGAGUGGUGGUGGUGGUGUUAUUCUUGAUUUGGGUGAUUUGAAAUGGCUGGUGGAGCAGCCGGUAAGUUUCGGGGCGGCGGGUUCAGGUGCGGCAGUGCAGCAACAAGUUGUUUCAGAGGUGGGGCGUGCGGCAGUGGUGGAGAUGGGGAGGCUGUUGGGGAGGUUCAGAGAGGGGACUGGGGGCCGGCUUUGGUUGAUUGGGACUGCUACUUGUGAGACUUAUUUGAGGUGCCAGGUCUACCAUCCAUCCAUGGAAAAUGACUGGGAUCUCCAGGCAAUGCCAGUCGCUGCAAGAGGGCCUUCGGCGAUGUUUCAGAGGCUUGGCACCAAUGGGAUCUUUGGUAACUCUUUUGAGUCUUUAUCCCCAUUGAAGGGGUUUCCCACCCCAACAGCUGCUCCACCAAGACGUCUCUCUGAAAAUUUGGAUCCUGCUCGAAGAACAAGUUGUUGUGCACAGUGCUUGCUGAAUUAUGAACAAGAACUUGCCAAACUUUUACCCAAGGGGUUUGAGAAAUCAUCUUCCGAAGUUAAAUCAGAAGCGACUCGAUCGCUGCUGCCACAGUGGUUGCAAAAUGCUAAAGCCCAUGAGGGCGAGUCCGAGACAAUAAAUCAGACACAGGCUAAGGACCAAGAGCUGAUGUGGAAGCAGAGGAGUCAAGAGUUACUUAAGAAAUGGAAUGAUACGUGCUUGCGUCUUCAUCCCAAUGUCCAUCAGCCCAAUCUCAACCCUGAGAGAAGUUUUCCUAUACCUCUCUCGAUUACAGGCAUGUACAAUCCAAAUCUGAUUGGUCACCAAACUAUUCAACCCAAAUUACAACAGAACAGAAGUCUCGAGGAAACUCUGCAGUCCAACACUGAUCAAGUGGCCGCUCAACCCUCUGAGAAUGCAGUUUCCUCACCAGGAAGCCCCGUGAGGACAGACCUGGUCCUUUGGCAAACAAAGGUCAAUGAACCCGGCCAAGAUCAAACCCCUAAAGAACACAUCAAAGACUUUUUGCGCCGCAUGCCGUCUGAACCACAGAACAACUUGCAUGAAGUGCAGACCAAUAAACUACUUAGCACAUUAGAUGCCGACUCAUUCAAGAAGCUCCUCAAGGGUCUGAUGGAGAAGGUAUGGUGGCAGCGGGAAGCAGCAUCAGCAGUAGCUGCAACCGUGACCCAAUGCAAAGUUGGGAAUGGAAGACAACGUGCUGCUGGAUCAAAAGGUGACAUGUGGUUAUUAUUUAUGGGUCCCGACAGGGUUGGCAAGAAGAAGAUGGCAUCAGCUCUUGCAGAGCUGGUAUCUGGAUCUAAUCUAAUAGUGAUUUGUCUUGGCUCUCGUCGCAAUGAUGGGAAAUUGGAUACGAGUUUCCGUGGUAAAACUGCCCUGGAUCGAAUUGCAGAGGCAGUUAGGAGGAACCCCUUUUCUGUAAUCAUGCUGGAGGACUUCAACGAAGCAGACAUGCUAGUUCGAGGGAGCAUCAAACGGGCAAUGGAGAGAGGACGGUUUGCUGACACCCAUGGACGUGAAAUUAGUCUCGGAAAUGUCAUCUUCAUUCUUACUGCACAUUGGUUGCCAGAUGAUCUCAAAUACUUGUCCAAUGUCAUUGCGCUCGAAGAAGAGAAGCUUGCCAGUUUAGCGAAAGGCGGUUGGCAGUUAAGGCUGUCUCUCUGUGAGAGGACUGCAAAACGACGGGCCAAUUGGCUACACGGAGAAGACAGGCCAACAAAACCUAGUAGGAAGGAAAAAAGUUCAGGUUUAGCAUUUGAUCUAAAUGAGGCUGCCGAUGCCGAGGAUGACAGGACGGAUGGAUCGCACAAUUCAAGUGAAAUUACGGUGGAUCACGAAUGCGAGCAUGGCCUCAACCACAACCUGCGAUCACCCACGACGUCAUCGAUGGUACCUCGGGAGGUGCUCGACGCAGUCGACGAUGCCAUUGCCUUCAAGCCGGUGAACUUUGGCCCCUUUUGCAGUGAAUUCAAGAGCUCCAUUGCCAAAAAAUUCGCCACCAUCAUGGGUGACAGAAUUACAAUGGAAAUAGAAGAGGAGGCUCUCGAAAAAAUAAUGAGUGGGGUUUGGCAAGGUGGAGUGGGUUUAGAGGAAUGGACAGACAAAGUAUUGGCUCCAAGCUUCCACCAGCUCAAGGCAUGCCUUCCCAGCACCGCCAGUGACGAUGCGAUGGCUGUUAGGCUCGAACAGGACGGCAAUUCGGAUAGCCGGAACAGUGGAGAUUGGCUCCCAAGCAGCGUGAAGGUGGAGACGGACGCGUUGUGAAGAGAGGGGG